UCCUUUGAAAAAGGUGAGUAGCCAGGAUGAGUCCACUGUGGUGCAGAGUGGCAGUGCAGAGAUGAGCGCUGAGGAGCAGGAUCUGCUUAAAUUGUACCACCACAGCUUCAACGAUGAGUGGGUGGACCUGGACCUCAUCAUGGAUGUGCUGCACAACAUCUGCUCCACCACCUUUGACGGUGCUGUUCUCAUUUUUCUUCCUGGAUACAGUGAGAUAGUGGCACUCAGGGACUGCAUCCUGUAUGACGAUAAGAGAUUCUCCACCCACUCUGAGAGGUACCAGGUGUUCACUCUCCAUUCAGACAUGCAGACUCUGGAUCAGAAGAAAGCCAUGAAGCCCUCUCCUCAUGGUGUCCGCAAGAUAAUCCUGUCUACAAACAUUGCUGAGACGAGCAUCACCAUCAAUGACGUGGUGUUUGUCAUUGAUUCAGGAAAGGUCAAAGAG